AGCACGGCGUUAGUUUGUCAUUGCAUUUUACGGUCUUUUACUGGCAGCGGCUGUUACGUGCACAUUUUUUGUAGAAGAAUCUCGUCUAGCCAGACAUAUAGUUAUAGAAAGUAGGGUUUUGGCGGUCUAAAAUCGGGCGCUAGGUUAUUGUAGAAAAUAAUUCAUUUACCGUGACUAUUGAAGGUUUCAUAUCGCGUUUUAAUGGCGUUAUAGUCAGAAGCAUCUAUUGUGUAAGAAAGCUAACGUUAGCGGCUAAUUUCCCGCAUUGUUGAAUCGACAGCGUGGGAUCCUCGCAUUAUGGCCAACAACACUGUCGCCGGGAACCAGCAACCACCACAGGCCGUGAGCAAGAUUGGCCCUAACGCUGGAAAACAUGGCAACAACUUGCCUCUCUGGGGCAACGAAAAGACUAUGAACUUGAAUCCUAUGGUUCUCACCAACGUGCUCUCAUCUCCAUAUUUCAAAGUUCAGCUUUAUGAAUUGAAAACCUACCAUGAGGUGGUGGAUGAGAUCUAUUUCAAGGUUACUCAUGUUGAGCCCUGGGAGAAAGGCAGUAGGAAGACUGCCGGGCAGACUGGAAUGUGCGGAGGGGUGCGGGGAGUCGGGACUGGCGGCAUUGUGUCCACAGCCUUCUGCCUGCUGUAUAAACUGUUUACCAUCAAGAUGACCCGUAAACAGGUGAUGGGACUGAUCACUCACAACGACUCACCCUACAUCAGAGCACUUGGCUUUAUGUACAUAAGAUACACCCAGCCCCCUGCAGACCUGGUGGACUGGUAUGAUGUUUUCCUGGAUGAUGAGGAGGAGCUGGAUGUGAAGGCCGGAGGUGGCUGCGUUAUGACAAUCGGAGAGAUGGUCCGGUCGUUCCUCACCAAGCUAGAGUGGUUCUCCACUCUCUUUCCACGCAUUCCGGUUCCAGUGCAGAAGAUGAUCGACACGCAGAUGAAGGCAAGGCCCCGGAAGGUUCCCGAGAAGGUAGAGGAGCCGGAGGAACCACCAACAGAGGGGCGAGCAACGGAGGGCCGUAGACGCUCCAGGAGCCCCAGGCGUACCCCGAGCCCCAGGAGGACUCCCAAGCGGUCGAGGAGCCGGAGCCACCACCGCGAACGAGAGCGCCACGGCCCCAGCUUCGACCGCGAGCUGGAGAGGGAACGCGACCGCCAGAGGAAAGAGCGGGACUCUGGGGAUGGGAAAGGAGAAGAGCGGGAGAGGCGUCGGUCCCGGAGCGCAGACCGUACCCAGGAGCGCCGGGAACGUCGCGGGAGCCGGGAACGCAAGGGAGAGCUAAAAGACAGGGAGAAAGAUGCGCAUGGGGGUGUGGAGAAUGACAGGAGGAAGGACAGGGAGUACCAUAAAGAUGGGGGCAGCGAGAGGGAGAGGUCCAAGGACAAGAGGAGCAAGGGAGAGGCGGAGGACAGGAGACAAAAAGAAGCGCGAGAUGAGAGGGGUCACAGGGAGGAGAGGAAGGCCAAGCGCUCCAGUCGGAGUGCAAGCAGGGAAAGGAGACACAAGAAGUCCAUAAAGCGGCAAGUCAAAGAAGAGCGCAGAGGCAAGGCUGAGGUAGGGGAGGACAAGGAGAAGUCCAUAAAGCAGCAAGUCAAAGAGAGCAGAGGCAAGGCUGAGGUAGGGGAGGACAAGGAGAAGAGUAGGAAGAAGCAGUGCAGCCGGGAGGGGGAGCAGCGCUCGCACAAACACAGCCGCAGUAAAGAGCGGCGCCAUCGGCCACAUGAGCCCAGCAACGGGAAAGACCACGGGAAACACGGAGAGCGCAAAACGAGCCAGAGCACAGAGCGAUGAUUGCGAACUAGUGCUGAGCCCCCCCUAGCGCAAUUCACAACUCUCCCUCCAUCCUUUUUCUUCCUUACAUUUUUUUACUUGAUCAUGUCGCUUGUUUAAAAUUUAAAAAAACGUUAUCACAAAAUCACCUGAACUUGUCUUUGGCCAACGUAACUUUGUGUAGAUCUUUCUCUGCCUUUUCAUCCCUUUCUAGACCAGCGUUACUCUUCUCUCUACUGUAGUCAUUUCAAUCUUUAUGGUACUUUGUUUUUGUGUCUGGAAAGUUCCAAAUUGCUUUGUACAUAUGGAUCUGAGAAUGUUUUAAAUCUUAGAGAAACCUCCAAAGGGGAAUUUGUACUACGCACUGAGCCGUGCUGUAUUUGGUCAAUUGCUCUGUUGCAUUUUGUUUUCUAAUAAAACAACUUUUAUGGAAGGAGAA